GAAAAAAAAAUUGUACCGGGUGACCCAAGGGUUGAAUAGCAACAAUUCAAAGGUACAGGGACCUAGGGUGCAAUAUUCUCCUUUUCCCUUUACACUCGGCCAUUCUAACAAUUUCAACUUGCCCAAAUUUGUUAAAACUGUUGCUCCACUUCUUCUUCUUCUUCUUCUUCUCUUUGUCUUUCACCUUAGUCCUUUCUGCAUUCUCUCCUAAAACCCGUUCCUCCCUUCUGUUGCCCUUUCUUUCUUUUUUCUUUUAUUUCUAUUCUUUUUUCCUUUUUCAAUCUCUGUCCAUUGGUCGUCGGUCGGAGUAAGGUCUCCCUCUCUCGUUUUCGCGCUGCCGCUGAUCAGUUCGCCUUUCUCGGUUCUCAGAUUUUAUGGCGAAGUCAUGAACCAGCAGGUCAUAUGCUGUUAAGGUUUUUGAAGACCUAUUCCCUGAAGUUCAAAAAUUAUGCUUGAGUGAUAUGAGAGUGUCUUAGAUGGAAAGUGAUAAUCUUGCAUACAUGGAACUUGCAAUUCACCAGGCAAAACUUGCUUCGGAAAGCCUUGAAGUGCCUGUUGGUUGCGUAAUCAUCAAGGAUGGGGAGGUUAUAGCCUCGGGUAGAAAUCGAACCACUGAGACACGAAAUGCAACAAGGCAUGCAGAAAUGGAAGCCAUAGAUAAUCUUCUAGAGAUGUGGCAGAGAGACGGACUUUCAAAAGCAGAAGUGGCUAAAAACUUUUCACAAUGUAUUUUGUAUGUUACAUGUGAACCAUGCAUAAUGUGUGCUGCAGCUUUGUCAUUUCUUGGCAUAAAGGAAGUAUAUUAUGGCUGUGCAAAUGAGAAAUUUGGAGGGUGCGGAUCAAUUUUAUCCUUGCAUUCAAGUUGCUCAGAGCCUUUCAUCAGUGAUAAAGUUCCACAAAGAGGUUUCAAAUGUACAGGGGGAUUAAUGGCCUCAGAAGCAAUCUCUCUUUUCCGAAGUUUCUAUGAACAGGGGAAUCCUAAUGCUCCAAAACCUCAUAGGCCUCUCGUUCAAAAGAAAGUUGAGUGAUAAAUAUAGGGUUUUGGUGCUAUAAGGUGAUUUAGAGCUGAUCAAAUGUUGGCGAUAGAACUGUGAAGAGAAAAUCAAAUAACAAGUCAAGAAAAAGCUGGUUGGAGUUUGAUAAUGGUAAUGGUAUCUUGUUCUAGUGUGCUGUCGAAUGUCAGCAUCGGAUUUGUCAAAGCCACAUUAUAAGUCAUAUUUAACUGUGUUAGCGGUAGGUAGAUCAACAGUUCGAUGGUUUGAUAGGAUAGGUUGCUUGAACAUUCUUAAAGAACAAGUAUCAUAUUGAUAAAUUCGUUAAUAUUCAGGGGCUACUUAUAAAAAUUUUGUCAACUAUUUUAUAACAAAUUUGGGCUUGAAGGGUUUCUAUUAA